GCUUCAACUAGGCUCCUGCGAAUUCUCUUUCUCUCGAUUCCCGCUGCCUUAAAUUUUGUAACUGCUGAUUGGUCACUUUCACAAGCAUGCCUCAAUUCACAUUACACACCUCAACGCUCUUUAACGCCAAGCAAAAGAAGUUCAUCAAAGACAUUUCAGUCACAGUUGAUUCGGACACUGGUCUCGUCACAAAAGUAUAUUCGCGCAACGAUGCUGAAAUACCUUUCCCAGAUACGUUGCCUGGAGGUGACAUCGACCUUCGUGGUAAAUUCGUGAUGCCUGGCUUCGUUGACGCUCAUACCCACAUCUUCUUACAUUCAUACGACGAGGCAUCAGCCGUCCAACAAAAAAGAGACGAAUCCAUGGCCGAGCGCAUCAUCCGAGCAGUAAACCAUUGUAGAAAGGCUUUGCUAGCAGGUUACACCACAUACCGCGAUCUGGGCUCCGAAUCAAUGCAAGAGUCCGACGCCAACGUUCGCGACGCCAUUGCUCGCGGUCUCAUCCCAGGUCCUCGUCUAUUCGUCGCAACUCGUGUCUUGGCCAGUUCCGGCUCGUACGAAUCUCGGACCGAGAAUUCGAUGGGUGGCCAUUGUUUGCCUGCUGGAGCAGAUGCCGUUGAUGGCGUCGAAGAAGUGAGGAAGGCUGUGAGGAGGAGAAUCGCUGCUGGCGCCGAUGUGAUUAAGUUCUUUGCUGAUUAUAGGAGGAGGAUUAUGAGGUCGCCUCCUGCGCAGCAACAUCCAUAUAUCUCAAGCGUUUUGCAUCCACCGAAAGAACCGAAUCCCGAUUAUGUCGUAUUCUCGCAGGAGGAAAUGAAUAUGAUUGUUUCUGAAGCGAAGCUGGCUAGAUGUCCUGUGGCCGCUCACUGUUGCACUCUUGAGGGCGCUAUGGCUGCUAUCAAAGCUGGUGUACAGACUAUUGAGCAUGUGUAUGGGGUUACAGAUGAGAUGUUCAGUGCUAUGAAGGAGACGGCAUGUAUUAUGGUUCCUACAUUGGCCAUUGCGGAGAAAAUCCAUUCAGCUAAAUUCACCGCGAUUUUAGCGCAGACGAAGCGUGCACAUGAGCUUGGCGUUAGGCUUGCGUGUGGGGGAGAUACAGGGACAUUCAGUCAUGGAGAUAAUGCGAGAGAGAUGGAGUUGAUGGCAGAAGCUGGCAUACCCAUUGAGGAUGUCCUGGAGGCUUGUACGGUGGGAGGUUGGGAAUCAUGCGGUGGUGAUCUUUGCGGAAGGAGAUUUGGGUGGUUGGAGGAAGGUACACAAGCAGAUAUCAUUGCUCUAGAGACAGAUCCAAGGGAAGAUAAAAAUGCAUUGCGAAAGAUAGACUUUGUCUUGAAGGAUGCUAGAGUAUGGAAACAGGAGGGAGAAGCAAUUGGGAUGAUAUGAAUGGAUGUAGUAAACGCUUCCAACAAAGCCGUCUC